AUGGAUAGUGGCAAAGCUGGGGGCGUGGCACGUAGUGCCUACCAAUCAGGAGCGGAGUGUGUAUGUCCGUGCGAGGGCCGGCCUGAGAAUCGGGGGUGUAGCAGGCUGGUGGAGGCUGCCAGAACCGGAGCUGAGCCGUCGCCCUUAGCGGGGAAGCGAGCGGAAGGCACACCGGCUCCGGGGCGGCAUCUCUGUGCUCCUCCGUCGCUCGGGGUCCGCUGCCAUGUGGGCCGCCGCGAGGUUAGCGCUCUGGCGCUGCGCCCGCGCUGCUGCCCCCGGACCGCGCGCCUAUCACGGGGACGCGGUGGCCACGCUGGGCACCCAGCCCGACUCGGGCUCUGCCGUCUACCAGGAGGUAGUGAGAAAGCCAAAGAACGCCACACAUCGAGAGGAAAACUGUUAGCCAGAGAAAGAGUCGAUGGCCUUCUGGACCCAGGGUCUCCAUUUCUGGAAUUAUCCCAGUUUGCAGGUUACCAGUUAUAUGAUAAUGAGGAGGUCCCUGCAGGUGGCAUCAUUACAGGCAUUGGGAGAGUAUCAGGAGUAGAAUGCAUGAUUGUUGCCAAUGAUGCUACUGUUAAAGGUGGUACCUACUACCCAGUGACUGUAAAAAAACAUUUACGGGCACAAGAAAUUGCACUGCAAAAUAGGCUCCCCUGCAUCUACUUGGUUGAUUCAGGAGGUGCAAACUUACCUCGACAAGCAGAAAUAUUUCCAGAUCGAAAUCACUUUGGCCGCAUAUUCUAUAACCAGGCAAUUAUGUCUUCUAAAAAUAUCACACAGAUAGCGGUGGUCAUGGGCUCCUGUACAGCAGGAGGUGCUUACGUGCCUGCAAUGGCUGAUGAAAACAUCAUUGUACGCAAGCAGGGUACCAUUUUCUUGGCUGGACCACCCUUGGUUAAAGCAGCGACUGGAGAAGAGGUGUCAGCUGAGGAUCUUGGAGGUGCUGAUCUUCAUUGCAGAAAGUCCGGAGUCACUGACUACUACGCUUUGGAUGAUAAUCACGCCCUUCACUUAACUAGGAAGAUUGUGAGAAGUCUCAAUUAUCAGAAAAAAUUGGAUGUUAGCAUUGAGCCUUCUGAAGAUCCUUUAUUUCCUGCAGAUGAAUUGUAUGGAAUAGUGGGUGCUAACCUUAAGAGGAACUUUGAUGUCCGAGAGGUCAUUGCUAGAAUCGUGGAUGGAAGCAGAUUCAAUGAGUUCAAAGCCUUAUAUGGAGACACAUUAGUUACAGGAUUUGCUAGAAUAUUUGGAUACCCAAUUGGCAUCAUUGGAAAUAAUGGAGUCCUCUUUUCUGAAUCUGCAAAAAAGGGGGCUCACUUCAUCCAGUUAUGCUGCCAAAGGAAAAUCCCUCUGCUGUUCCUGCAAAACAUUACUGGAUUUAUGGUUGGUAAAGACUAUGAAGCUGAAGGAAUAGCCAAGGAUGGUGCCAAGAUGGUGACUGCCGUAGCCUGUGCCAAAGUGCCUAAGAUAACUGUCAUCAUUGGGGGAUCCUACGGGGCUGGAAACUAUGGGAUGUGUGGCAGAGCAUACAGCCCAAGAUUUCUUUACAUUUGGCCAAAUGCUCGUGUCUCAGUGAUGGGAGGAGAGCAGGCAGCCAACGUGUUGGCAACAAUAGCGAAGGACCAGAGAGCAAGGGAAGGGAAACAGUUCUCCAGCGCUGAGGAAGCUGCUUUAAAAGAGCCCAUCAUUAAGAGGUUUGAAGAGGAAGGAAACCCUUACUAUUCCAGUGCAAGGCUGUGGGAUGAUGGGAUUAUUGAUCCAGCGGACACCAGACUGGUCCUGGGUCUCAGUAUCAGUGCAGCCCUCAACGCACCAAUCCAGAAGACAGACUUCGGCAUCUUUAGGAUAUAACGGAUAUAUAGCAUCUUCUAUUGGACAUUACCAAAAAUCAAUAUAUUAAUAGCAUUAAAGUUUAAGACUUUUUCAAAUUUUGACUGUUACAGUAAAAUUUUCCCAAUAUAGUGCAUUGUACCUUUCUACGACCUUAAAAAAAUCAAUAAAGCCAUGGCUGGUUUGGCUCAGUGUA